AUUCCUGUUAGAGCUGACAAAGGUAACAAGCCUAAAAACUGGAAUGGAAUAAUUGUAUUCGGCUUUCUAAAAACUUUGUCAUUUCAACCUUUACGAUAAACUGGGGCGGCGGCCAGCUAGCUGAACUGACAUUAGUCGGGCUACCGUAACACGGGUUUUCCUCAAUACAAAGAUACGUGCCAAACAGGAGGACAGACUGGAGGUUAUGUGGCACUUCGCAUAUCCGCGAAUGUUGUAUGUAUGUACUGUCACCGGUUAUUUCUGCAGGAAAUUUGGCCCAGCUAUAGGAUUCAUGUUAUUAUUUGAGCUAUGGACACAAUUGAAGAUGGCGACGACUUCUUUGAUGACUGGAUCAUAAAGUCGAUGAAAUCUUACAGACAUCUCCACAUGUUUGACCUGCCUCAGCCAACUUGUGUAAUUGAAUGGAGUGAAAAUGAUGGAAUCUUUGUAGCCGGCUGCAGCUCUGAUUCUCGUAACGAGAUCCUGGAGAUGAGCAUCCCAGCCAAGUUGAGGUGGGAGUCCAGUAGCAAAGGAGCGGGACUGACCAGGGACAGAGACUUCAAGAUGCUGAGGGGAGGCUUCAGCGAGAAGGCCAUCCACUGCUUGACGUACCUCGUUGGAACUCGACCGAGACUUAUUGUCACUGGUAGUCAUGCAAGCUCCCAUUUGGACGUGUGGCAACUGGACACGGAGACCAGUGAUGUCAUUAAGAAGCUGCACACUGUGCCGGGGCAGGGCACUGAAGGAGGUGGGAUCAGGAGUGUGGCCCAGCGGCCGGGACACCGAGGCCAGGUUGCAUUUGGCGCCAUGAUGUCAAACCUGCAGGUUGCUGAUGUGGAGACCAAGGAGGUCAUUGCAACUGAUUUUGGAAAGGUGGAGGGUGGAUUGGAGAUGCAGUUUCUAAAUAACAAUGAGCUAGUGACCUGCAGUACCCAGAAUGGCCUUGUUAAUAUUCAUGACCUAAGAACAACUUCCAGCCAAUCAGUGCUCACUGAUCAAUCAAUGAAGCUUUCAAGUGCUGAAAGUAAACACUGCAGUCUUGAUGAAGGAACAACCCAAACGUAUAACAAAACCAUCAGCCAAUCAGGUUCGGGGUUAGAUGUUGCUGUUGAUGAAAGCACCAAUCAGAACAUCUCUAAGAAAGGGAAAGCCUCAUGGACCUUUGAUCUGAGCUGUUCACCAGUGCCACAUCUAGAUCCUGCUGGGGGAGAAAUUGCUUGUAAGAGACCCAAACUGGAUGUUUCCAUGGCAAUGGUGGUUAGUCUCUGUUCCAGUGGUGAGCUUGUUAUCAGAGACCUCAGGAAUCUUGAAAUGCCACUUCAGCAUGUACAGCUUGGAGAUGAGAAGAGACAACCGAGGGAGAUGGAGACUCUGACUGUGAGGUGGUGCCCAACAGAAAAGAACUUGCUGUCAGUAUCUGGAUUGAAUGGAUGCGUGGACAUCUAUGACAUUUCUACAUGGCAGCAGAGCUCAACCUCUCCACCCAAUGUACAGCCUAUCUUCAGCCAUGAAGGUCACAUGACAGGGGAAUCAGCCAAUCAAGGGGGAGGGAUAUUAUGUCACGCCUGGCAUCCAAGGCACCCGUGUGUGGUAAUGUCAUCGGGUAGUAAUGGCUCUUUGCAUGCCUGGGAUUGGUCAGCUGUAUUAUAAUUUUUAUGAAAGAAAUUUUUACCUAUAAAAAGUUUGUCAUUUGUAAACAUUUUUAAAAUUAUGAAUGAAAUCAUGCCUGUGAAAAUGAUGAUUAAAUCUCGCAGUUGGAGAUAAAACUUUAAAUAUAUCUUG